UUGUGCAUUUGCAUUCAUUAUGUUUGGCACCGUCGACGCGGCCACAACGCCACCGCAUAACGCAGUUCCAACACAUCAAUUGACAGUCAAAGAUUCUUUUUAGCUCGUCAUUGAAUUGCGGUAUCAGUUCUCGUGUAUUAGUGUAUUAGUGUGUGUGUGUGUGUGUGUGUUGCAAUUAUUUUGGCGCUUUUGAAAAAUGUUUGAAAUGUGGAUUUGUGUACCGAGUUGCUAACACUUGUUUGCUGAGAACUACACAUCUGUCAACUCGACAAGUGUCUCACGUUGACCUUUCGCUUGAAACUCCUUUGAAAUUGAUCGCAGUUAAAUCCACAUAUACAUAUACAAUUAUUUACAUACAUAAUGUCGCCAUAUAUCUUAAAAUUAGUUGUGCUGCUUUGCCUGAGCUACGCUGCAUUCGCCGAUGAGCCGCUGAUGACAAAUCCGGAACGCCACCACAAGAAACGCCAAAUCUAUCGCGAGCAAGUGCUGCCACAUGCGGGUGGCAAGAUACCAGACACUGCCUUCGAGACCGAUCGCCUCUAUCUCAAUCGUCUGCAAAAGGAGGGCAUCUCCAUACCCGAUGGCAUUGUGCCCCAGCAACGGAGUCCACAGGUCUAUCAGUAUUAUGAUAAGAGCAUGCGCACCGUUUAUCACAUUGCCCUGAGCUCAGAUGGACGUUAUACGCCUCGAGAAGGUCGCUACCAUUACAGACAAGUGCCCACCGUGGAGACCACUUAUCUGUAUCCACAGGCCGUGGGUCGUCCGUAUGUGUUGGUGGCACCAAAGCAUGCAUUGCCCACCUAUCGCCAGUUGCAGCUGCACAAUCCGUUGCUCAAUCAGGUGAAAUUGCAGCCCAAGAAAGUGCCCAAUUUUCUGGAACUAGCGCCCACGGUGGGCAAGAGUCAUGCCGUUAGCAGUGCAUCCAAGGCGCAGUCCUAUCAAAACGUGAAUCUUCUGCAUGGUCCAGCGCUGCCCGCGUUCAAGAAAACCUCCGGAGGCAGCAAGACCUAUGUGGAUAGUUAUGGCAAGACUCAUCUCUACAGCGAAUUUGAUGAUUUGCUUAGCAAACUUCACUUGAAUCCCGCAAUGCAAAAGUAUUAGUUAUUAUUAUGCAUAUGAAUAUUUAAUAAGAUCUAAUUUUAGUACACACCUAUUUCUUAUACGCAAUCACAACUAUCAUAUUUCUUUGCAAUUAUAGCCUAUUUUUAUACCCGGCACUCAUGAGACAAUAAGUGAUCACUGACUUCACUUCUUGGCAAGUUAAAACUUAAUGAAUACAUUUAAAUUUUUGGAACAAAAUCUGCCUCUGUCUGUCUGUUCAUACUUUUAAAAGUCUGUAUUACAGAUAUUAUAAAAUUAUUUUUAAAUAGCUCCCAAUAGAAAGCUCAAUUUAAAAAUUAAUUUAGUGACCCAGGGAUUAACUUGUUAAAAAAAUUCAUUCCUUUAAUACUUUACUGUAAUAAUAACGUACAUAUGUUAAACUUUAUGGAUGGAAAUUGACAAUGAUAUCUCAACUAUUAUAUUAAAUUGAAUUUUCAAAAUUUUGGAAAUUGUCAAACUAGUUUCAUAACCUAAAAUAAAUGUUCAAAAUUUCACUUAUAUUAAUUUCCCGAAUAAAACUCGCUUUAUUCUUAAAUUAAAAAAAAAAAAAUUCCUGCCACUUUGAUCGCAUAAUAAAGUGCCCCUUCACACUUAAGAGUUCCGGGUAUCUCAGAGUCGAGCAACGUCGACUAUCCAAUUCUUACUUGUUACUUUAAGCACUACAUAGUAUGACUUACAGAUAUUUGUAAAGCCCAGACAAUUUGUUGCUUGCAAAAUAAAGCAUAUUGCAUUUUACUUUCCCAUCCAUGCAAUAAUCGUAUCUGCUUUCAUAUGCAUGAGAUUACGAGUUUUAUGGUCGGACUUAACAUCGUUUUGCCUAAGGUUUGUGUUUUCAGUUUUGGAACUUUAAUAAUUAGGCGGCACAGCGAAAAGUAAUCGCAUAAGCCAAAAGCUUUUUGCCAAAGCAGCUUCCACCAAGCACAAAAUCGAAAGUUGCGCUGGCGCACACGACGAUGACGACGAGAGCCGAAGCAACCGCAGUUAGCAGCCGCUUACCGUUAGACGCUACCCUUGAAAGCUUGCACGACAAGC